AUGUGUUACAUCAGCUUCGGGACCGCCGAGGAUUACCGCAGCGACUACAACCAGUUCCCGAAAUCCGUUAUUGGGGGACUCACUUGCAGGAACGAGCAGUGCACGGAGGUGUGGCCUGGGGAGAGGUGGCUGGACAUCAAGAGCCCCAUUGUCAAGACGAUCAUGGAGAAGCGCAUCAAGUUGGCGAAGAGCAAGGGGUGCGAUGGGGUUGACCCUGACAACAUCAACGCGUAUUCGAACAACAUCAUGGCUCAAUCCAUCAGCCGAUUCACCAUCACUGCCGAUGACCAGUUCAAGUACAACUCAUGGAUCGCCAACACUGUUCACAAUUUCCACCCUCCCCCGCUGGCCCUUUCCCUCUCCCAUUGCCCCCCUUUCCCCAUUCCCCCUCUGCCUUCAUCCCCCCGUUCUCACAUGCUCCCUCCACUUCCCCCCUGCUUCAGGUACGGCAUGUCAGUGGGUCUCAAGAACCCCGGCCCGCUCGCCCCCUCUUUCAUGGCGAGCCUCUUCGACUGGGCGAUCAUCGAGAGCUGCAUUUACUUCAGCGACUUUAGCAACAACGAGUGGUACAGCGGCAAAUACGCGUGCGAUUUCUCCAACGAGUUUAUUGUGCGCAACAAGGCCGUGUUCUCUAUCGAGUAUAAGGAGCUCUGGGGGACGUCUGCGAGCCAAGUGAACGGAAUCGCAUUCCCACAGGCCUUUUGUGCAAUCAGCAGCGCUCACGGCUUCAACACCAACCUCUGCAGCUACUCCCUGGGCACUGGGCCUCGCUACCCCUUCGCCAACUGCCCGCUGCACAAGCCUGCAGGGUGCGAUGCUGUGUGGAAAGAGUGUGUGAAGCAGAGUGUGUAUGCGCAGUACAAGCAGCAGGGCAUGGCGAGGUGGGAUGCUGUGGGGCAGUGCAUGAGGGCCAAGAGAGCAGCUUGCAGAUACAAGGCUUGA